AUGACAGAAAGUUUGGGCCAUCAUCAUCUUGCAGACGAUAUGAACGUUGAGACGUACAUGGAAGUUCGGGUGAGUAAAAUAAUUGAUGAAUUCAGAAGAGUCGAAAUUAGUUCCGCUAGGAAUUGGCUAACAAUUUUAAGCAUUCCACGAAUAAGCCCAAAAUGUUUCAGCCGCACCAGCCGCGUUAUCUGUGUCCGUACGGAUGUAACAAGCUGAUCGCCAGUCGAACAAUCGAUUAUCACAAAAACAACGGCUGCGGACGUCGGCUCAACGACACUGUCACCGCACAUCCUGAGCUCAAGAAGCGAUUUUACUGUUGCGGAGCAUGCUUGGCCGAAUUCGUGACGAGAUCCGAAUUUCACGCACAUUUACGCGUCGAACACGAUGUCCAUCCAGAAGUUAACACCAUGCAGUUUGCCGAUCGAGCAGCUUUUGAGGUGAACAUUUAAGAAAAAUUUCCCUGCAAGCACCUGCAAACUAUGAUCAACAAGACUUUGAGCAAAAAACAAGAGACGACAAUUUCCGCGCGCUCUUUUUUUGAUCUACGGGACGCGAAAAUGUUUCGUUUUCAAACGCCUUUCUGAGUUUUUGGGGAGAAUUUUGAGCUUUUGCGGAAAACUAUAGCCUCACGGUUGUUCGUGUGACCAUGCGCUACAGAAUGAUAUCGGAGAAGUAGUGAAAAACUGAGAAAAUGAAAAUUCGGCGAUUCUAGACGUACCCUUGUGUCCAACGACACUCCACUCAUAGCGGCGCGCGAUUUUUGAAAGAUCGCUUUCGGGAAGGCAGUGCGGCGAUGGCAGCCAACCGAGCGAUCCGCCGAAAAAAAGAAAAUCCUCGGGACGGACGGACCGUCGAGAGGAAAGACCGCAACGCGACACCAGACUACGAACACGUGUGUUUAUGGUCGAGGUGUCAGUCGCAAACAUCCUUUGAUCUCUGUGACGUGCCUCAAAAGUCCAUGACCCGGCCAGAAAUGCUCGCGCGAGUACCGCAACGCAAGUCUCGGUUGGCAAAUCUCUCGGCAGAUCGGUCCUUUCUUUCCUCCUCGUCCUGCCUGCCUGCCUUGCCGAACCGCAACGCGUCGCAGCACACGCACACUUUAAAGGCGCAUCCACUUUUAGAUAAAACUUUGUCGCAUCGCUGCGAGACCCUCUGACCUACCCCCGCUAACAUUGUAAGUAUGUGGUUCUCGGUUGUUCUUCUCGUUAAUUGUUAGUGUCACUUUUUUUUAGCUGAGCGGGACACGAGUCAUCAUGAUGAUAAGAGAGCGGGGUUUAUUUCUUCGAAUUAGAGUUGGCAAAAAAAUUAGACGCCCCCACGCCGUGGAUACAGCGAAACCUUUCAAAAACGGGUAUUUUUCAGAGGGGGUCGUCUUCUCGCCCCAUUGCCAACCCUACUCCGAAUUUCCAUGGAAACUCGGGGAAAUAAACAGACAAACCCGUGAAGACCUUUAUUAAUAUGAAUGUAUUUCAAUUUUACAGCGCUUCCGAAACUGGCUUGAAUCCGAAGGAGGAGCCCAUUUCCGUCACAAAUCGGGCGCAAAACGUCGCGGACGCGGCAAAGGAAUCUUUUUGGCGUGUAAUCGCAGUGGAUAUGUCAGCUCGGAUAAGAAUGCGCCUCUGGACAGGACAGGACCGUUCCGACUUGGAUACACGUGCACGGCAUACAUUCACGCAACCGAACACGCCGAUGGGUAAAUAAAUUUCAAUACUUUCCAUUAGAAAAUACAGCAGAAGUGGGCGUGCUGGCUAUUUUCGGAAUUUAAAGAAACCACUCUCAUGCCCGUAUCUGAGACAGAGUUAUCUAGUUUUUUUUGCCACAAAUUUAUUGAAAAAUGCAUUCAGACACGUCUCCGCGGAAGUAUGCGGCGAUCACUACGGCCACGACGCCCGAAUGCGUCUUCCCAACGUCAUCAAGUAUCUGGUGGCCCAAAAGCAGCUCGAAGGGUGCCCGUCGAUGGAGAUUCUCGGCUACCUACGUCACCAUUUCCAUCGUUUCGCCGGCGAGAGCAUCUUUGCAAAUCGCGUCUGUUUCAUCGAUAUGGAAGAGCUAAAAACCAUUUACAUGUCGUGCACAAAAAAGUGGCAGAAGGAGGGAAUCCCGAAAAUUGUCGAAAUUUGGGAGGAGGAAUUGCUGGAUAAAGUGGGAAUUGUGUGGCCGAUUCCUUCGCCGAACUCUUCUCCCGUCUAUCAUCAGCACCAUCAUCAAAUGCACAACCUUCAUCAUCAUCAGAAUCGCAUCAGAAAACCGACGACGUCGGAAAUCGCGUUGCAGGAAGGAUGGCCGCGGCCGAGAGUUUUCACGGCUAAAGUUCGCGGCGAAAACGGAGUUAUGGUUCCGUUUGACAUUGGCGGAACAACUGGAGGAGUGCCAGAUGCUCAGUACGCACAGGAAGAGAUGGAAGAUCCGUCGUAUAUAGACAUGGAAAUGGAUGAGUACGAAGAGGAGGCGUACGUACAGGAUGGACAAAUGGUCGUGGACGAGGGGGAAGAGGUCGUCGAAGAGUAUCAUCAGAAUCAUCGGCAAGAAAUGGGAAAUUCUCAGAUUAUGUUUGUACACCUCAAGGAAAGUAUUGAAUAGUUUAGUUUUUCCAGAGAAAACGACGAAAUAGAAGUGGAAGUAGAGAGCGAAGUGGUCGUUUCAUCGGUGGAAGAUGAGAAUAUUGUGAUUGAAGAAGAACAGGAGAAAAUAAGCGGAGAGCACGUGGUUCUCGAGUGUGAGUUCAUGGAGUAACAAGAGCGUUUACGUGGUAGAACGGAACUUCUUUCAGCUCCUACCAACGAAAUUGUGAUAGUGGAUGGAGAUGAAGAAGACGAAGAGGAAGAAGGAGUAGUGGAGGAGGAGCGGAUUCAUCUGAAUCACUUGAAUCAUCUGAAUGUCCAUCACCACCAUCUCGGGCAUCAUCAGCACUUCCAAAAGGAGGAGGAGCACGGUCAAUCGAGCUCGUCGCAGAGUGAGUUUUCUUAGUUGAAAAUUGGAAUGUUUCAGUUGAAAGUGUUUAAAAAUGCGAGACUGUGACCGACAUUUCUCCUGAGAAAUUCUUUUCAGUCGGCGAACCACGUUAUAUAGAGGCAGCAAAAGUGGAACAGAUCGAGCAGAUUAUGGAAGAGAUAGAGGCGUUCAAAAUUACUAUAUUGGUAAGCAUUUUAAGCGAGGAAUAGCACCUUUCUACUUUUUGUUUCAGAAACGCGCCGACCAAAUCUCUCCUGGAAAUCUGAAAUCUCUUCUAAUUCGCUUCCAAACACUCCACCAAUCGGUCAUGGAGAAGGACAGUUCGCAACCGGCCGCCACCUCGCUUACCGUAUUCCCAAAUCGCGCCAAAUACCUGUACAGGCCGGGAAAAGGCCUUGAGAAGCCGGAAUCCGAGUAUCUGUCCGGACGAUGUGGAGAUGUCACUUUGCAACCGAUCGAGGAUGAAAUUAGCGACGACGAGGAGCUGAUGACGUCCUCGCUGACUGUUUUGCCGUUCAAUUCGUGCAUUUGGAGUUGA